AUGGAAGAAGGCUUGAAAACCGCACUUCGGUUUACUACUGGACAUUUAGAGAGUUUGUCUGUCAAGGCGAGGGAGAUAUUGAAUAUCAUACCUGGUUCCCCUACGGACGAGUUUCUCCUGGAAAUGGAAAUUGUCGUCUCCAAGCUAGAAAGCAGCUUGAGUAGAAUAAAAGCCGAAAUGAAUAACUACUUUAGGAUGGCUAAUCAGCCUGAUGCCGAUGAGAUCUCCAGGGUUUCUACGAUCCAGCUGGCAGCUGAAGAAGAGUUAUGUGAGCUGCAAGUGAGGAUCAGAAGAGCUCGAGCCACAUCAAAAGAAGCUGCCAUGCCUGUAUCGGGAAAGCUACCUAAACUGAAUCUACCGGAGUACCACGGUGACGUUCUAACCUGGCACCAGUUUUGGGAUCAGUUUGUCUCCUUAGUUGAUAGUAGAAGACUAAGUGAUGUAGAUAAGUUUAUGUAUCUCAAUUCUGCCGUAAAAGGAGAAGCUAAGAAGCUGAUCGAAGGGCUAGGAACCACCAACAGGAACUACACCAUAGCUGUCAACACGUUGAAAGAAAGAUACGGACGCGUGGAGCUUGUCAAAGAUGCCCAUUACUCUGCUUUGAGCAAAAUUAAACCGGCCGACAGUUCCACUAUCAGUUGCCGGAAUGUUCUGAACGAGAUAGAGACCCAUCUUAGAGUGUUAAGUUCCUUAGGCGAAGACGACACGCACAGCUACCUUCGGUUUGUAAUACUGGAAAAGUUCCCAGAAGAAAUAGUCUAUGAACUGAAGAAAAGAGUCCAGGACGAUUCAGUUCCGGAAAUAAGAAAGGAGCUAGAGAAGCUAAUAUCCGCCAAGGAAGACGCCAGUCGAUUCAUCUCCCAAACAAGUGAAAGAGACCAGGGACGGAAGAGGAAGUUUGAAAAUAAUCAAGAAAGAAAAUUUUCAACGGAACCAUCUGGAAAGAAGUUCAAGAAGUCAUGCAUCUUCUGUGAAGCAGAACAUAACUCCCAAGAUUGCAACAGAUACACGACAAUAAAAGGGAGAAUGGAUAGGCUUAGGACUCGUUGUUUUAGAUGUAUAAGAAAGGGGCACCAGAGGCGAAUGUGCAGAGAAAAGAGACCCUGCACACACUGCGGAGACAGAAACCAUCACUUGCUUCUGUGCCCAAGGCUACUGCCAGAAAAUACGCAAACAAAGACAGCGGAAGUGCAGAAGAAAACAGCGGAAACAUCUAAAAUUGAGAAGGAUAGCAACGGAGCCUCCGGGCCUACCAUUCCUUUGUGA